AUGGAUAUCAAUCUUGUUACCGUUAUUAUUGCUAUCACUCAGAUCAAUAUUGAUAUCCUCAUCAACAUCAAACGCCAGGUGGAGGAGGCGACCUUCCGCGGCAGAGAAUUCUUAUGGUGGGACCUGCGUCGCACGGGAGGGCAGCCCCUCGCGUCCCAGCAGGACCAGCUCUCCCUGUCCUUCAAGACCAGGCAUCCUGCGGGAGUCCUGUUCUUCACCGGUGACGGCAAGGACUACGUCAAUGUGGCACUACGCGAGGGCGGUGUCUUAGUGACCCUGGACAUGGGUGGCGACCCCCUCAAGGUCACCGUCAGACCGAACAGUGUCCGCUUCGAUGACAACCAGUGGCAUACGGUCACUGUCCACCGUACUGUCAAGGAGGUGAGUGUCACCGAGGGGCUGAAU